CACUUGCGAAGGUAACUAUGAAUCCUAACACGAAUCCUGUUACAUGUAAACACACCCUUAGCUGGGACCUCUCCCGACCGUUAAACUUCACAAGAUCCCUUGUCCUGGGCAACUUACAGUAAUGAAGACGAAGGUUGCAGAUCUCAUUUUCCAGCAAAGCAGAAACACUACGAAGGGGAACAGACUGGCUAUAUAGCUCCUCUAAAGUGUAACUUAGAAAUGGCAGUGGCCUUUGGCGAAGCAGACCGCUUGCCUCAAGAUUUACUGUCCAUGAACAUAGAUGAAGCAGCAAGGCUUACGCUUAUUGAUCUGCCGCCUGGCGUCCUUUCGCGGAUUGUGCAAGCUGCGGAUGCACACUCGCCCCGACAACUACGCCUGACUAGCAAGAUAGUGCGACCGGUCGUGGAUGCCCUUACAAAAUCCAUUACCUUUACGGCCUACUGUCUGCCCAGCCUGCUGCCGCGUGGUCAUCUGCCCGACUUCCUUCCAUCGCUCCGCAGCAUCAAGCUCGCACUGCAAGAUUGCACUACACCCGCAGCUUGCCUUCCACAGCUUCAACAACUUGGCCUCCAGGGACUUACCGGGCUUGAAUCCCUAACUCUGUCCCUGUCGCAAGGCCAUGUGUUCCCAUCCUCCGCCAUCCCAUCCCUAGCCUCGCUUAUUCCCCCGUCCACAACUCGCCUUGUCCUCACACACUCUUUGCGGGGCACCAGCGGCGGCGGCAGCGAUGCCACCGCUAGCGGAGAAGAGUCUACCAGGCUGGACCUGACAGCCCUGCUGCACCUGCUGAGGCUGUGUCCCUCCAUACGGCAGGUCCGGCUGCUCGAGGGCUGCUGGAUCCACAGCCGCGGCGAUGUGAGGGCCCUAAUGGAACUCACAAAUCCAGAACUGGCUGGUUGCAGUACAAUGCCGCCUCGGACGGCUUUAGCGGUUGGAACAUCAACGCCGGCCUUGCAAUCACGCCACGAUAACCACACCACCAGCUGCCCCAGCACCAGCACCAGCACCGCCACCAACAGCGCCGUUAGCGCCAAAAGAGAGGUUGUCGUCCACUCCUUGCGAGGCUUGCGUAUCUGCCCUGACGGCGAUUUGCAACGCGACCUGCCGUACAUGUUGUCGGCUCUUCGCGGCCUGCGGGAGCUCGAUGUGAUGCUACAGCCACCACCACUACCGCCGCAUCUGCUGCAACUGCCGGCACAGGCAGCAGCAGACUUGGGUGUCAAUGUGGAGUUUACAGCUGAGGCGCUAGCGGCCUUGGCGCAAGCGGCGGCGGAGCAUGUGGUGCACAUGCAAAUGUCGGAGGCGAGCCAGCAGCUGCUGAGGGGGCUUAUGCCGGUCCGCCAGCCGACAGUGGUUCCGGAGCCGGGUCUGGGGAGCCACAUCACACGACUGGUGUUGUGUGACAUACGGGGCAGCAUUGAGGGUCUGCUGGAGGGUCUGCCCGGCCGGCUGCCGCUGCUGGCGGCCCUGGGGCUGCAUGCGCUGCAGGACAUGCGGCAGCUGGGGCCGCGGCAGCUGAGGCUGCUGUCGCUGCUGCCCCGGCUACGCCACCUGGCGGUAGACCGGCUGGAC